UUUCUUUUUAGGUAUCUUCAAUCAUGAUGAAGGAGAGUAUGUUGAUGUUUAUCGUCCUUUGCUGCCUCUGUGUGAGGAUAAGACCUCUGAAUGCAAAGACGUUGCCUGAACAUGACACCAUAAAGGCCCUGUUGAAACGCUCUGAUGUCCAAAAGGUCGAUGUUGAGACAUCCUCUCCACAGGAGGCUACAGUGGACCCAUCUUCAGCAUCUGAAGAGCCUGUAAAUGUUCAGAAUACCUCCGUUCAGGCUGCCGUGCAGAAAACCACAAACGCCUCGCUGAAGGCAGCAGUACAGGUCCCGUCAGGUCUGUCCAGGCUCAUCGGAAUCCCUCUCAGCUUGUCUCUGGACUCCGUCGAUGACAUGUAUUACGGCUGCUCCCAGAAGAUGCUGAUCAACGUGAAACGCCACUACCUCCCCAGGAGCACCAGGGAAGGUCUGCACUCCACAUACACAAAGCUGUGUGCCCUCAAAGCCAUGAAGAAUAAGGACAUGUAUGACCCGCUGUCCUGGAAUCACUUCAGGGCUCUGUGUGCCUACACAGCGGGGUCAUACGACGACCUAAACCGAGCAGUCCGUAGGGGGAAGGCUUCCUACAAGACAUCGUUUCAAUUCCACGCCCUCCACUUCCUGCUGUCUGACCUUUGA